AUGGACCUCCUCAGUCUGAACGACGAUAUCCUCUCCCUCAUAGCAGCUCUUCUGUCUUCAAGAGACGCGCUUUCUUUGUCUCGCACAAGCAGGAAAGUCCAUGUGAUGGCGAAGCGACACGCUCUCUCGACGGUCGAACUCACUUCCUCGGGUCAACUCGCAGCCUUUUGCACAUAUAUGCUCUGUGAUGUGUCGACUCACUUACUGUGUCUGCGAAGCCUGAAGGUGACCCUGUCUGCGGUUGGAGUGGAAGAUGAGGGAAUGAUCGACUAUGCCAGCUUCAACAGCGCGUCUCUGCUUGCGGCACUUAUCGGACAGGCAUCUCGUCUCAGAUGCCUUUCGAUUAGCUGCUUAGAUGAGCUCAUAAAAACCGAACCUCAUAUUGGGGCUGCUGUUGCUUCUCUUCCUAACCUCGAGAAGCUUGAACUGCAUGAAGUUGGUGCACGCGCACUCGACGUAGUGAGGAGGCUGCGGAGCAGGCCCCGCGUACUUAGCCUGCACUACUACGGUAGCAAAAUCAACUCGAAUCCAAUCUCCUAUACCCUUCGCAAUCUUCAAAACCUACAGAUCGUCCGCCUCUCGGGUAUCGUCUGGCCAGAGGAAGAUAGUGCACCCGUCUGGACUAAGCCAUGGCUCGGCGUCCGUGAACUCCAGGUGAUGUACAGUGAAGCUCCCAUGACGGAAUUCGUCCGCGCAUUUCCCAAUGUUCGCAAGCUCAGUAUUCGGGGAUUGUAUAGAAUCUAUGACCACGUUCAAGAGCCGUUGUGCUGGCAUAGCUUGGAUUUCAUCCAUAUCUACCAGUAUGACGAUCUUGCUCGCUGGAAGAUAACUUGUCCCGUCUUUUGGCUGCGGUACGAGCAGUUCGGGACGUAUCCACAGUAG